GGAAAAGCAAGACCUUCUCUUUUGUUCACUUUCACUGCUUGCUGUUGUUUUGAAUUUUUCUUUUCUCUCCACAAUACUAUUUUCAUUCCACCACCUUUCCUCCUUCCUGCUCUAUUCUCUCUUGUAUGUAUGGAAAGAGCCGAGUACAGCGGAAUGAUAACAAUGACAUGGAUUCUCCUUCAACAUCCACCCCCAACCUGCAAUGGUUCAUUAUGCCGGAAACGGUGUUGAUGACCGACGCUAAUUUAAACAUCGAAACCACCAUUACACCCAACACCAAGUCAUUCAACCAAUCGUUGCGAGGUCAACCACUUUUGAAGCUAGUGGCUGACGAUGAAGUUCAAGUGAUUCGUGAAAUCGUCAAGAAGACCCAGAUCGGAGACGGCGACCCUGUAGUAGAAUCCAUCACUCGCAAUCGGUUUAUGAACGACAUCACUUACAAAAUAAGUCCAGUGUUAGACAUAGCUGGCAACAUUGUACAAUAUUUGAUUACUCGCACCAUCAGCUCAGCGCCCAAAGAAUCAUCCCCCCCAAGGUUCAUGGAAAGAAAACACAGUGGCAGUAAGGAUAAAGUUGCCAAUGACAUAGAGGUUCACCACAAGUCAUCUAUUGGCAAUGAUAAGAUCUUGUCAAAAUUUAUCAAGGUAGUAGAGAAUGCAGACCCAUCCGUGGCAGCUGCUAUUUGGUUAGCUGAUAGGAACAACGCUUCGACACUGCACCUGGUGGCCUUUCCUAAAAUUAGAGAGUUAAUUGGUGUCAAAAUAUCCAUCAACAAAAAACAUUUGAAUAUCAACAAGCAUGAGAUUACUUCGAUCCCGUUGAAAGACAGCCAUUUUCAAACACCCGAAUUAGUAACGAAAUUGGAGGACCACAACCUCUUUACCGAAUCCACCGUACCGCUUCAUAGUACAUCGCAUUCACUUGUUGGAUUACUCGUUUUUUAUGGCCCUAAAAGUCACCAACCUUCGUUCUCACUCAAAGAACUCGUCAACGAUGCUACAUCGCUGGUAGAAUCGGUCAUUGCCCUUGAGUACGAACACCAGACUUCUAGACAUUUAAUUGAAGAGCGGAUGUCUACCAGCCUUAAUGCGUCAGCAGGUAGCAAUGCCACCUUGAUUGUCGAUUCUCAUGGUCGAUUACAGUUCAUAAGUACAAUUGUACGAGAUAUGCUUGGUCUCAGCAAAACUGCCAACGUGGACCUACAUAACCUCGAAAAUUUUGUGGAUGAGAAAGAUCGCCAUCGUGUCACGUCGGCCGUCACCAAAAGCAAACAGAAUCCUCAAAUUACUCGAUAUGUUGACUGCGUAGAAUUUCAUCGACGUAUCCCCUCUCAGGAGGAAAACUCCCAAGAAAGUGAUUACGAGGCAGAUGGCUUCUAUCUUGAUCUAAAGAUCCAGGGUCUUUGGGAUGAUCCCUCAGUAAAUGGCUGUCUUAUACGUGCAAGAGAUAUUUCGCCCAAAGCCAUUUCGGAUCGACAAACUUUGGAGUCUCAAAAGUCUCUAGCCAUGACCAAUAAUUCGUUGAACGAAGGUCUUAUAAGAACAAACAGCGAAGGCAUCAUCGAAUAUGUCAACCUUGCCUUCAUCAAAUUGAUCGGCAUGGACGAAUGGAUGUUAACUAGCAGAACUCGACCAGGAUCCGGAGGUUCAGGUUCACCAACAGCCGAACUUCUUUCAUCGUCAUCGUCUGCUUCCGAUUCAACCAGUACAGACGAUGAUGACCAGAACGUCAGUUUGAUGACUACGUUGAUCGGAACCCCUAUUGACGAUCUUUUGCAGUUAAUACAAGUCGUCAUCCAAGAACGAUCUCCUUCAUUGUCUGCCAGCGAUACGGCAGGAUCAGCUACAGUUACUGAUAACAGCACAGCUCCCACACGCAACCAUCAACAAAAAUCGAUUAUCAACUCCCGUUCGGCAUCACCUCUUGUCACUGAAAGUGCCAGCGAUACUGGCACAGAUACAAAAUUAGAUUCUUCGAAUUCGACUUCUACAGAUGAUGAUAUGUUUAAUGAUGGUUUUUCUUACAAAACCUUGCUUGUCGAUAUGAAAUCGAUGAUCAAACGAACCGUCAUCACUAAGGAUACCAUGACGCUAGCCGACAACAAGUUCCACAAUGCAUGCCAUGAAGACGUGUAUAGUGAUGUAUUGACACAAGAUAUGGUAGAUAUCGUCAACUUCCAAUUAGGCGAACCCGACCUUGGACGCAGCAUUGGCUAUUUAAUUCGACGGGGUGGCCAAACAGCAGUUGUAGCCGUUGAAGUGACCGUCAACCCUCUUCAACGUAUAUCCUACAAGCGAUCCAAAGCUCGAGCUCACUCGAAAAACACAGAUGGUGUCGUUCUUGUCUUUCGCAACAUGACGGAAGUCAUGAGGACGCAAUCUGCCAAUCGACAGUUGGCUGAUAAGUCACGUUGGAUCUCUGUCAUCACUCAUGAAAUGCGAUCCCUUGUCAAUGGUAUCAUUGGUAUGCUGGAUCUCGUCAAGACUACCCAAUUGAGUAAAGAGCAAACCGGUCUUGUUAAUUGUAUGGAAGUCAGUGCCAACGCGUUGAUCUGUCUGGUCUCCAAUACGCUCGAUCAUGCACGAUUAGAAGCUGGCAAGGUGUCUUUGGAGUAUCUUCCAUUUAACAUGCAGGAACGCCUACGCAUUGUUGUGGAUCUGAUGAACAUGAUGGCCGACGCUAAAGACGUCAAAUUUUCCGCAGACAUUGACGAAGACGUACCAGAAACCAUGUAUUCCGAUUUCAAUCGACUGUUCCAAAUUCUUCUCAACCUUACAUCCAACGCAAUUAAAUUUUCAUCGCACAAGCGAAAACAAUCCAAGCAAGGACAGGUCAAACUCAUUGUCAAGAAAGUAGAUGAGGAGUAUCAAGCCAUGUCGCCACUCGCCGUCAACACCUCCGAUCCAAUGAAAGCCAGCAAAUUCUCAUCGAUGCUUAACGCUGAUUACGAGUCACCGAAGACAACCCCACAGAGCCCAAGUCACAAAAGCCCACCUCUUCCGACAGAACCUAACCGGCGACUAGUACAGCUUCUCUUCAUCAUAGAAGAUAACGGCAUAGGUAUAUCACCAAGAGAUAAGGAAAAACUAUUCCAAGAAUUUGGGCAAGCAGAAGUAUCUAUUUCAAGGCGAUACGGAGGCAGUGGCAUGGGUCUCUUCAUUUGUAAGCAGCUCGUACGACUGUUUAACGGUACCAUUGGAUGCGAAAGCACUCUAGGCGAAGGAAGUCAAUUCUGGUUCACAGCAUGGUUUCAGUCAAGCGAAGUCAAGUCUGCUGCUGGAUCAGAUAGCAACAAUUACUUCUCUAUGGAACAGGCCAUGCUUGUGAACAAUAAUUACGACAAUGAAACUUCGUCAUCCAAUCAGGAGGAAUCGACGGAAAGCGGAUCAGAUACAACGACGAAUGAUGUUUCAUCUGAGGAAGCAAGUGACUCAAAUCAAGACACCCCUCACCCGCGACAUUCCAAAAAAUCAGUUCGACGGAAAGAAGACGUCCGUAUUUUGAUUGCAGAAGAUGAUCGCAUCAACCAACAAGUGCUACAAAAGUUCUGUCAGGGCCUUGGCUAUCCCAAUGUCACCGUGGUAGGCGAUGGUCGAAGUGCCGUUAAAAAAUGCAAUAAGCGGCACUUUGACAUCGUUUUGAUGGACAAAUCGAUGCCGAUUAUGGGAGGCAUGGACGCUGUACAAGCCAUACGAGAUGGACAAGCUGGAGACAAGGACCUUCACAUUAUCCUCAUAAGUGGUGACACUAACAUAGACUAUGCCCGAUAUCGUGAUCUGAACAUCAAUGGCCACUUGGUCAAACCCAUCCGAAUGCCGGACUUAAAGAGAGAGCUGGACAGGUAUUCAGCUUCCGUCUUGCAUUCAACUGUACCAAAAUAAGGUUGAUUGUUAGUUAUUUUUCUUCAGUGUAUAAUUUUCCCUCCUUCGCCGCCACUAUUCACCACGCUAAACUACAUCGUAAUGUGUAUACACUCUCUUCAAAGUAUUUUUUAUCCCCCACCCCCAAUUCCUGAUUGAAAAAUGGCAAAUCUGUAAUAAUAUCACUUCAACACCUUUCGACUGGUGAUCGUCGAACCAAUUGUGUUCCAGGCCC